GCGCCGUUCCCCUUGACUCUCCUCUGCUCAAUUGGACACGGACCCGGCAAAGAGGCGUUGAUUGUCUCUGCAGCUACCAAAAGCGCGAGGUAACAGGGACCUGGCAAUGAUCUCACUGGAGCUCAAUUUCAAUGUUUUGACAAGGGAUCUGUCACAUUAUCUGGAAAACCAAGUUAAAGUUGGGCUUUUCGGUUCUGGAGUAGGAUUGUCACUGGUGCUCGGCUUCAGCGCAGCGUAUGCCUGCUACUACUUGAUCUCUGUAGCAAAGAAGCCAAAGCUCGUUGUCGGUGGAGAAAAGUUCAACACAUUCCUGAAGGAGCAAUGCCCUGUGGUGUCAGAGACGUACUACCCCACCUUCUGGUGCUGGGAGAGCCGGGUUCAGACGCUGCUUAGACCCUUUGUCACAGCAAAACCUGGGGUCAGCUAUCGGAAUGAGCUGAUUAGGGCUCCAGAUGGAGGCCAGAUUUCUUUGGAUUGGUUCGACAACGAUGAGAGCGGCCCUUACCCCGACACGUCCGUGCGGCCCACCAUCCUACUGCUUCCAGGCCUGACCGGCACCAGCCGAGAGUCCUACAUCCUGCACAUGGUCCAGCAGUGCCGUGAUCUGGGUUAUAGAUGUGUGGUGUUCAACAACAGAGGGGUCUCUGGAGAGAAGCUCUUGACCCCAAGGACAUACUGUGCAGCCAAUACAGAGGACUUGGAGAUGGUCAUCGGUCACCUCCACCGACUGCAUGAGAAUGCCCCCAUCAUGGCUGCUGGGGUGUCUAUGGGGGGGAUGAUGUUGGCCAACUACCUGGGCCGCAAGGGACGAGAGACCUGUUUGAAGGGAGUUGUAGUCUUCUCAGCUGGCUGGGAUGUGUUUGAGUGCACCGCUUCACUAGAGAAGCCCCUCGACAGAUUCCUCUUCAACUCCUACCUCACCAGUUGCCUGCAGGCUUCCGUGGAUCGCCACCGACCUGUUUUUGAGAAGCAUUAUGAUAUUGAUCAUGUGAUGAGGGCCAAGACUAUACGAGAGUUUGAUGAGCGGUUCACCUCCAGAAUGUUUGGCUACCCAACCAAUGAUGACUACUACAGAGAUGCCAGUCCCAUCCACAGGCUGAAGUCAGUGCAGGUGCCAAUGCUGUGUCUGAAUGCAGCUGAUGAUGUCUUCUCCCCAAACCAUGCCAUUCCAGUGGAGGCGGUGAAGCAGAACCCUAACCUGGCCCUCCUGAUCACCUGUCACGGGGGCCACAUCGGCUUCCUGGAGGGCAUGUGGCCCCGCCAGAGCACUUACAUGGAUCGUGUGUUCAGGCAGUUUGCCAAGGCCGUCGUCGAGCAUGGUGGCAACUUGAGAGACCUCUAACACCCGGGACCCGGCAACAGCACCUCCUCUCUCCUCCCAUUCUCCGGGAACAGCACCUCCUCUCUACUCCCAUUCCCCUCUGCCAUGAGCAAAAAAAUGUCCAAAACAGAGCAUUUUCUAAGGGCACAUUGUGUUUAAAAGAGUUCAUGCGGUUUCUUCUUUGUUGUUGUUGUUUGUUUUUGUUGUUUUUAAUUGUCGUUCCUUUGUUCACUUGUGCAUUUCAACUCUGUCCAACAUGUGUUCAUUCAUCAUGUGUUGAGAGUCAGUUUUUUUUCCCAUUCUGGUUUCCAUUUUGGCGCCUUUUUCAGUGUUCCCAUUUAUGCCUUUAAUAGCAAUGGCGGAGAUUCUCAAAAGAGAUACAAACCAACUGUUGGAUGAUAUCAGAACCAGCUGUAUUUUUACAGUUACAUCAGACUGAACUUAAUUGGACACGAACCUUUAGACACCAGGGAAAGGAGCAGGACCUAGAUAGAGGAAUCCAGAGGCAACCAGAGAGGAAUCAUCCUGUGGAUUGACUAUUUUAGAAGUGCACAUAGAGCCACUCUCGGCCCUGUGUGUUCCUAAACUAAUUCUGUCUGUUGCGUUAUGUCUGUACAGUAGCUUUUGUAGCCCCUCAGGGAUUUGAUUUAUGAACUCAUGUAGGUCCAUGUCUUAUUUUCUAAAAAGAAAAAACAAAGUUUUAUCUAAUAGACCACUAUAUAUUAUGCAUGCACUUUCCCCCCACUCAUUCAAGCUGUGUGGACAUUGAAUAGCUUUUUAAUGUAUAGUGCAUUUUGAAUAUAACUAAAUACUGACAAGGAAUGUGAAAUUGCACUAUUUUUAGUUAUGCGCCCCCAUACCUCAAACUCUCCAAGCGGAGACGUUGACCUUUGCAGCUGUAAAGUCCCCAUAAACCCACAGAUAAAUAUGACAUGAGUAGAUACUUUUCUCCUUGCUGACAGGUCGGCAAAGCCUUAAACCUACUGCUAGCUUGAUUAAUAUCCUUUGGGGUUGUAGCUGGGUUAGGUUGAAAUCACAGUAACAUAGAUGCUAUUCUCCCAAGCUAAACCAAUUGUGAUCGCAACUCAAAAAUGUAUUCGCUUUGUCAUGCAUAUGCGACUGUCAAAACUUUGCAGGAUUGUGACUUUUCCCCUUGUGGAUCUUGUGUAUCUCAUCUUGCUUCUUAGCUUUUGGACAAUUGAGUAGCAUGAGCCAUCACCUCCCAGAUUGUCUUGAAUCGUAUUACUAAUGUUACAUAUCUAAGAACCUGUAGCACAAAGGUCAUAAUUUUCCAUCAAAAUGUCUGUCCUUUUAUAGAUCCAUAAAAGGAUGUUCUGUUUAACAUGUGCAAGCAAUAAGAUUUUAAUAUAAAAUGUACUGUAUAUGUAGCCUGGGUAUGUGUACAUCCACAUGUGCAUAUAUGCCCAUGUCUUAAAAUAAAUGAUGAACUCUUUAAAGCA